GCGAGUCCCGUGCAUGGAACAAAGGGCGCAAUGUUGCUCUGUGGUGUGGUCGUGUCCAUCGUGGGGACCGUGUACCGGUAGCAGUACGGUAAUGACAGUGCGAGAGCCAUGGACGAGCAGAUGAUGAUACAGAAGCAUCGGCCUCCUCGUGCCCCCGCAAUUCUCUUCGUGUUCGUCUCGUGUCCCGAGUUUGUCGUUCGAGCCUUCUGAGUCUGGCUUGCAACGACCCAGGGCCGGGGACCCCCACUGAAGGAACGGAACAGACUAGAUCAGGCUAGAGCAGAUCAGAGCAGAGGAGGGGAGAAGAGAGAAGCAGACCAGAAGGUUGAUUGCAAGUAGCCUCUGGCUGGCUUUGCUUGACGAGUUGGUUCAUCGCCUCUGUACUCACUCACUUUCUCUCUCACACACACAUUAUACCUCCAUUUCCUGCUGUGCAUACUUUUGCUUGUACGAAAGCUGCUGAAAUUGACUCGUGCAGAUCAUGCACGGAACCUCGCGCAAUUGUUGUAUUCCCCCAAGAUUCUGACACAUCCGGGUUGAGUGGAAGGAAGGAAGAAAGGAGUGAAUUUGUGCUGCAAUGAUUCUCGGUUAGAUUUUAAGACAGAAUUUGGGUUCGGUAAUGUGGUCGUCACUGACGCAGAGGUUCUUCCCCUCGUGUCAAGAGUUGAUAGAUGAAGUAAUUCUUGGCAGCUGUGGAGAUGCAGUUUCUUAAGGUGGGUCCAUCUGAUCUCCAUGAACAAACUCGAAAUUUCACCGAAGCAGCAGCUCACAGAACAACAAACAGAGCGUACUACUCUGAAUUUCACAAAUUCAGGAGCUACCAUGGACUCUGAGGACUCUUCGUUGAUUCACACAGAUGAGUCGGUUCCUGUCUAUCCGGAUGAUUCGGGUUCAAGUUUGAAAGCGACCCGGAUAGACAAAUUCUUAUGGAUGCGAAAGCUGUUGAUGCUGGGCAUUUUCUUCAGCGUCUCUAUUUCCUUGGUAUUCGCGCAGUUCAUGUCCUUGCCAAAAAUUCACCGGACGGACGAGGGCCCAGGGGCGGGAAAAAUAGGCAGGCUGGAAGAUGGUGGACGUGUGUUGGUCGGGGAGUUUGGUGUUUAUGUGGAGGACGUGGAGAGCAGCCCUCGGCUUUUGUUGAAGUUUCCAAAAGACAUGGGCGAGCUGAGAGUGAUCAGGGCAGCUCUGGAAGUGUACCAGAAAGAGCACCGGACGCAGGUCCAGAUAGGAAUCGUUUGUUUCUACCUUUUUCUUCAGACCUUCAUGAUCCCCGGUUCCACUUUCAUCAACGUUUUGGCCGGAUCGCUCUAUGGAUUUUAUGAAGCAUUACUGCUUGUCCUGAUUCUCGCUGGAGCUGGUUCGUCGCUAUGUUACUGUCUUUCCAAUUUCAUCCUGAAGGAGAUCGUGUAUUACUAUUUUCCUGAUCGCUGCGAGUGGCUGGCCAAAGAAGUUCAGCGCCAUCGCCACAACCUUCUGAACUAUAUAUUCUUCUUACGAAUUACUCCUAUACUGCCCAACUGGUUCAUCAAUGUAUCGUCUCCACUUGUUGGCGUUCCUUACAGGAAUUUCGUCAUGGGGACAAUGUUGGGAGUGAUUCCCGCCAGCGUGGUCGGGGUGAAGGCUGGCGGCAUAUUGUCGACGAUCGACUCUUUGAGCGACUUGUACGAUUUCUGGACCAUCGCAACGAUUUCAUUCAUAGCCGUCAUGGCUUUGCUACCCGUGCUUCUCAAGAGUCGCUAUGGCCACGGUCAUGUAGAUUGAUUGAUUGAUUAUUGAAUGAAUGAAUGAAUGGAUAUUCAUCGACACUCGUCUCUUGGGUGGCUGUCUCGACGGUCCUGCUCUCAUACCCUGCUCCCUAAUAAAGUCCGCUCCGAGAAGUCCACACUGACAUGACCGCGCACUCACUCCUUUGUAAGUCUGAAUCCCCCUGCACCAUUUACGCUCCAGUCCCAUUAUCGUCAUGGAUGCACGUACAGUACAAGAAUCCCCAGAGCAAGAUGGCAACCAGCACUUGCAGCUUUGAUCUGUGGCUCCCUGCCUGCCUGAGCGCCUCGGAGUCCACUCUGAAAGAGUCUCUCGCGCCGUUCCCUCUGAUCAGCCUCGGCUCGGGUCCUGUGAUGGUGCAAUCAAUCCUGCCUUUUGUGAUCGAUCGAUCGAUCGAUCACAGAAAGCCAGAAGGAAGCUGAAGGUCAAACUGGAGGCACUGGCGGGCUCCAUUUCUGUCUCUGAAUCUCUGUGUUAAGUCGAAGGGAAAUAUACAUCCCCAUUCGUUCCGACUAAUCGACCCGACCGCUCUGACGAGAUGGUGGACACUCUGCGACGAGUUGUGAGUGGAGUGUCGAGUUUUGGAACUCGGUGAUCGUGCAAACUCCGCAGGAAUCGAAAGACUGCGGGAGCUGGAUCAACGACUUCCAGUCAUUCGCAGGAAUCGAAGGCGACCGGUCGAAAAUCCGUGGACUGUCGAUUGUCUUCCGAUCGGUCUUGCCGAUGAUGUCGGUCGGCAGGAGACCGGACUUCGACCGACACUGCCCUGCCUGCCUGCCUGCCUGCCUCCACCCGUCUCGUAUGUGCUCUAAUUUCAAGUUUGGCGCGACGGCUAAGGAUUGUAGGAGUACAAGCAAACGUGAAUUUCUUCUGUCUGUCUAUCUGUAGGAUGUUCACACGCAACGACUGUAGAGAAGAAUCGAGAUAGUCAAUCCUCGGGCAAAUAUUAUCGGAAGUCCGGUCAGGAUUCUCGAAUCUCGAAUUUUUGUUAUGGCAUGUAUAUUUACAGCGAGCUGCACAAUUUAUGGAAGGCAUACACGUCGAGCUCCAGCUCAAGUCAAGCUUUCUUGCUCAAUCAAAACCAUGGUCUCGGAUAUGUCGUUGUGGAUUGCACACGUUGCCAGACCUGAAUGCAUCGGAGAGACCGCAGCGCGAGGCGACUUGUGCUUAUAGAGGGUUCUAUUCUAGCAUCAUCAUCGAUGGGGCGGAGCACCUCAGCCUCCCAACUACGUUCCAUGAGAUGGUUCAGCUGGAAAUGUGCAUCUGGAUGAUGUGGUUGAGAUUUCAGGGGAACUCGUAUGUGCCGUCAUCUACUUACUCCAUGAAAGCUCUGUACUGACCGAACCGCCACUCGCUCAGCGUUCUCGAGCGA